CGGACCCAAUUCAGGAAGUGAUCCUCAGGUGCUUCUCUGACACGUUCCAUUUCCCCUCACCUGUUAUCCACAAAUUUCAACCACUUUAUCCUAACCUUUCAAUCCACAUUUUUCCAACUCUUCCUCUCCUUUAAAGACACUCAGAGAAAUUAUUUAUGAAAAGGCGUUAAAUUUUUUUCCAGUGCCAAUAAAUCAAGAGUAUGUAAGUGAACAAAUUUAUUGAUGGAAGGAAGUUUUUUUUGUGAUCUUUUCUCACUGAUCUAUUUACGACUUAUUGUUUUCUAAAUGCCACAUGGCGUACGACAUUUGUCGAAUCAUCAAUUUUUUAAUUGUUUUUAGAUAGCAUUGACUUUUUACUGCUCAUAGAUGAACAAAGAUUUGGUGCGUUUGGAGCCUUGCUCAGAAGUAAAUUUCACUAAGAGAAAACUCAUUUCGCUUCUUUGUCAUUUUUAUGACAGAAAAAGUUAAUAAGAAAAUUAAUUCAACAAAACUGUUGUAAAUAUGAUUUAAUAAUUAAUUAGAAAAGUAAUUUGCGGAAAAACUUACUGUUCGUCAUAAUAAUAAUAAAAAUAUUUAAUUCACGGAAAAAAUGAAAUGUUAUCUUUCCCUCGCUAUUGUCAGUUUCUCACAUUUAUUUAGCUCCAUUCUUUUUAACCCGCUUCAGCUCAUUUGAAUAAUUUUGCUUCCUCAUUUAGGUGUAUUCGUAUCCAUUAGCGGAAUCAUUACUCUUUCACAGUCGAGGAAACUGCUAAAGACUCAUUAAAAUUCCCCAAAUCCGAUUUGCCUUAUUAAAAAGCGCUAGUAACAGAGUCCCAACAAUUGAUAUUUCGAAAUCAACUCCCCUUCAAUAUUUGUAAUUACUUGAAAGUUGCAGUCACUUAAAAUAUCGAUUCUUUUUCUGAAAAAGAAAAAGAUAAAGGGCUCUGCAAAAUGACUCUCCCAAAUUGGCUGCUUAUUUCAUUCGUAUAUCUGGCUACUUUGGCUGAAUCUAGACCAGAUGCCAACAAACUUCUUGACGUGAAGAAAAUAAGAGUUAACGUAUCCGACAUUCUAUCCGAGAGACUAGGCGAAGAAAAAAGAUCUUCAAUUCUGCAGAGCUAUGAAAAUCUGCCCCAUGGAUUUAAAAAUGUGUCAAUUUUAAACCUCACGUCGCUGACGCUAGAAAACCUCAACAUGCAGUACGAAAACAUCAUGCGUGAGCUCGCACCCGCGGCAGUUCGAACCCCGCACCUGCCACUUCAAACUGGCGACUUCUUCCUCUCCAAUAUUCCGUCUGAGAAAGUCUGGACAACUGUGAAAGACUUGCCAAGUGGGGAGGAGCCUUGGAACACACUUCCUGGAAAGUUUGUGAUUUUGAAAAACGUGGUGAGGGGGUCUUACCGGCCAAUAGCUCUUUGGGACAGUGGCUUGAUGACAUAUUACAGCAUGUAUUUGGACGGAUUAUCUGAAAGUCAGCUGCAAAUAUUCGAGUACGAACUGCCACUGAGACGACUGAACGAAAUGGCCAAUGACCUGUCGGCUCUUCAUACCAAAUAUGGAAAGGAAGCCUCUUGUCACAGCCUAGUUCGAAACCUGAACGAAAACUUGAGACGACUGAGUGACUUGGUGUUGAGUGAAAAAUCUGCUCAAGUUCUGCUUUCAUGCGCAUCCUAUUUAGAUAUGCUGCUUCAGCACAACGAUUUGUAUUCAUUGACCCGAGAAACUGACUUCUCCUCAACUUCAGCUGCAAGAGCCGUUCUGCAAAAACUGAUCGACUACUUAGUGAGUACUUCCAAGCCAAUUCCAUUGAAUCUAGUGCCGGCUUUAGAUUCUAACACUUUACAGCAACUAGCUUCGAAGUACCAGUUCAAACCAUCAUUUAUGCACGCCGUCAUAAAAAAAUCUGACCAUACAAUUCUAGAACUCUCUGAACAUUACGCCACCAAGUAUGACUCAUCGAACUCCGUCCUGAGAUUCCUUAUGAGUCCUUACUCCCAUUUUUCUCAGCUGAAAGAGUUCCAACUGAACAUAAGACUGCUCUGCUCCCAGAUUGGAAAUAUCAACUCAAGUCUUCUUUCAGCGGGUCAAAAAUUGGCACUCUUUGGAUAUUACAAGUCCUACUGUCACGCAUCAAACGGAGUCAUAAAUCAGGAUGCGAUUUCGAGGAGCAAGCUGUCUCUGUGCUUGUUUGAUUCAUCAGAACUGAUACAACUGUCCAUUGAAGAUUUAAAAGAGAUGCGUGAACUGAUUGCAUCUGAUUGCUCAUGUAUGAACGACCUGCAAAAGUUUGUAAUUUUCCAGAAAAUUGAAAACGAUCUCAUUGAGCACGAAUUCUUCAGAGCGAUUUUGCCUUGUUUUGAAAGCUUCGUUUCGAAUGAAUUCGCAGGCAAAAUAAUUCGGAAGCAGGUAAAUAUUCUUUCAUUCUGUCAUGUUAAGCUAGCUGAUAGUUUGUUGCAGUCGAAAAAGAUCUCGGAUCAAUAUUUAAGAAGCUUCGACUUUAUUUUGUGCGACGACUCGAAGAAACUUAGCCUUGUUCGGUCAUUCAAAUAUUCUGACGAGGGGGCUCUUAUACCUCUAAAUUCAGCCUACUGGCUUGACUAUUUGCACUUUGCAUCUUUACAAGUCACGUCUCGAGAAGGCCAUCAAAGAUUGGCUAAAGAAUUCAUUCCACAAAUGGAUGACAAAAAGUCUAUCAGUCAACUUGAGGCUUAUGCUCUAGCCGGACCAACUUUAGUGGAGUUGCCUGUUGGAUUCGUUGCAUCUAGUAAAUUCUGCUCUGAAGCUAUCUUCGCCAUUGGUUUCACAGCCCACAAGUUGGUUCCAUCGAGUGUGUUGACAUCGUGGGUGGACGCUUAUUUUGCGUGCCAACCUGACAAACUAGUCCUGGCGACUAGAAAAGAUUUGGACAUUUUAGGCAACCUUGUCUGCUUCGUAUCUCCAAACUGGGUGAAGAUGAUGACUCAUUACACUUUCAAUGUCUAUCUAAGUCGAAUUUCACAAUGCGUGAUCACAUUGCAACUGGGUGGUGUAAUCCGAGAAAGGAUUUUGGAGCGGAAGACUUCAGACAACGGCUUCACAUUUGCAACCAUAGCUCCUCUUUAUUGUUUCCUAGACCCCUCCUUGAACCAAACCCAAAACUUGCUGUCUAAAUCAUUUUACUCCGUUGCUGCCAAUGCAGUAUACAAUAUGGAACAAAUGAGAGCAUUGGAGUUCUCGGAAUCGGAGAUGUCGGCUCUGAUUGGCUGUGCGGAUGCGUUGGCAGUUGAGGCGAACAAUGAGGAUCCAUCUCUCAACUCACUAGCUACUCUGACAUGUACCAGCAGAACCGACUCCCAAUUCUUUUCAUGCUGGAACUAUCUCAAAUUUCAAUACUCAAAACUGGAGUCGAUCAAAAACAUGAGCCCAUGUGAGAUCCAGAAGUGCCUACGACAUAUGGAUGUGAACAUGUGGAACUCAUCAGAAACCCUGGAAAUUAUCCAGUCAUAUUUGGAUACAGCCGAAUCAGAGCAAGAUACCAACAGAAAAAUCCAACUUAUACUCGAUACAGGAAAAACACUGGAUGCACUCGACAUCCAUAACUUCGAUAUUCUAAUUCGCAAAUUGGGAAAUGAAAACAUUUACUUUUCAAAUUUUGAGUUUAUCUCUUUUUUCUCUGAUCUUAGUCUGGACAGGAGUGUUUUGGCAUCAGUUGUGAAUAAAACUUACCACUACAUGUACAAAUCUCACGCAACUGACCCGAGAACCAAUUUUUUAAUGCGCAAGCUUGACGCAAAGCUAGAGAAAGUGUCUUCAAAAAGUCUGAACAAAAAUGAGAUGUGUGACAUGUUCAAAGGAAGUUUUCACGACUUGCAACAUUUCAUGAAAUAUUUCCGCGGUGAUUCGUCGAUUGAAGAUAUUUUGUGCUUGACAAAUGAAAACUGGUUAUCAAUGUCAACAACUAGACCAGAGCUAUCAGAAGAACUUAUCCGUAAAUUGUACGGAGUGCAUACCCCACCGGAGUUCGUGCUUCAAAAAGUGGGUCUCUAUCACCUGAUGAAAAAUGAAACUGCACCUACAAAUAAUGAAAAAGUUUCAGAAACAAAAAGUAUCGGCGACUACAGCUUGUUGAAUGAUGAAAGCUCGAUUCAAAAUGAAAACUCGGAUUAUUACUUCGAGCGGCAAACUAUUUUGAUUUACGUGCAUGCAAACUGCGUAACCGUUUCAACUAAUAUUUUUUUAAUACUAAUGAUAACUUUUGUCAACAAAACUUUAAUGUAGUGCCUAAAACUAAAAAAAAAAUAAAAAUUUUAGAAUAGAUAAUUGAAUUGAAUUUCUUAUAUCACAA